AUGCCAUCCUCCGGGGGCCGCCCAAACGGUGGUCGCGUGUCGUCAAUUGCGCAGGAAACAACGGCGCUGCUGACUGGCGGCCAGAAUCAGAAUGGACACCACUAUUAUGAGGAUGAGAGAGCAUGGGUGCGCUGGCCGGCGCAUGUCAUGCACAUCGUUUGGAUCAUGCUCGCGAGCAACUACAUCAACGUGCUGCUCGUCUUCGUACCGCUGGGCAUCGUCUUCGGUGCGCUGGGAUGGCCGAACGACACUGUCGUCUUCAUUGUGAACUUCUUCGCGAUCAUCCCGCUUGCGGCGCUGCUGAGCUUUGCGACUGAGGAGCUGUCAGCCAAGUUGGGGCAGACGAUUGGUGGACUGUUGAACGCGACAUUUGGCAAUGCCGUUGAGCUCAUAGUCUCAAUCGUCGCGCUGAAGAACGGCGAGAUCCGUAUCGUCCAAUCCAGCAUGCUCGGCUCCAUCCUCUCCAACAUCUUGCUCGUUCUAGGGUGCUGCUUCCUAGCAGGCGGCAUGGUCCGCCAGGAACAGACCUUCAACACUACCGUCGCCUCCACCAUGUCGUCUCUCAUGGCGGUCUCAAGCGCCUCCCUCAUCAUCCCUGCAACGCUCUACGCCGCACUUAGCAAAUCCAAGGCCAAGUCCGACGACAACAUCCUCAUCUUGUCGCACGGCACGGCAAUCAUCCUCCUGCUCCUUUACGUGCUGUACUUGUACUUCCAGCUCAAGUCGCAUGCCAGCUUGUUCGACGCCGAAGCACAAUCCGCCGAAAACGGAGAUGCUGAGGGAGAGGAGGAAGAAGACAAGGAGGAACCGAUGCUUAGCCCCGUUACCGCUGGAGUGGCGCUCCUAGUCAUCACCAUCAUCGUCGCCGUUUGCGCUGAAUACCUUGUCGACAGCAUCGACUCCAUCGUCAAGACGGCGCACAUCUCCAAGACCUUCAUCGGUCUGGUGCUUUUGCCUAUUGUCGGUAAUGCUGCUGAGCACGUCACGGCUGUCAUCGUGGCGUACAAGAACAAGAUGGACCUGGCUAUCAACGUCGCCAUCGGCAGCUCCAUGCAAAUCGCGCUCUUUGUGACGCCGUUCAUGGUGAUUCUGGGAUGGAUCAUUAACCAGCCGAUGACGCUGCACUUCCAGACCUUUGAGACCGUCGUGUUCUUCUUGAGCGUGCUGGUCGUGAACUAUCUGAUCCAGGAUGGAAAGAGCAACUACCUUGAAGGGGCUAUGUGCCUUGGGACAUAUAUCAUUAUCGCUUUGGCCUUCUACGUAUACCCUGACGAUGCGGGAGACAUCACUCUGGUCGGCGGACUGCGUGCUUAG